GUUCCUCUUCUGAUAGUUUUUUUUUUUUUAAACCUCCUCUGCAAGUCUUUGUGCAAGUUUUGGACCCAGCAACGUCGACGCCGCAGCGUUUGGCUGCCGAACAUCAGGCCAUGGGGCUUAACUGGACCGCCAGCCGAGGCCGCGGGGCGACGGGCGCGCUGCUGCCGCUGCUGGUGGUGAGCUUGUCGGCGUGCGUGUGCGUGUGCCGAGCAUCCUCGUCGCCUCGGCAGCAGCAGCAAGAGGAGGAGGAGGACAGUGCCAUGGAGAACAUCGUCACGGAGAAGAAGGCUGAGGAGAGCCACCGGCAGGACAGCGCUGACCUGCUCAUCUUCAUCCUGCUCCUCACCCUUACCAUCCUAACAAUCUGGCUCUUCAAACACCGCCGGUUCCGCUUCUUGCACGAAACUGGACUAGCGAUGAUUUACGGUUUACUGGUGGGCGUGGUGCUGCGCUACGGCAUCCACGUCCCGCGCGACAUCAGCAACGUGACGCUGAGCUGCCACGUCAACGCCAGCCCCGCCACGCUGCUCGUCCAAUCCCGCGGCAAGUUCUACGAGUACACGCUGAAGGGUGAGAUCAGCGCCAGUGAGGUGGACGACGUGCAGGACAACGAGAUGCUGCGCAAGGUGACGUUCGACCCCGAAGUCUUCUUUAACAUCCUCCUGCCGCCCAUCAUCUUCCACGCUGGGUACAGCCUGAAACGGAGACACUUUUUCCGGAAUAUGGGCUCCAUCCUGGCCUAUGCCUUUUUGGGGACAGUGUUUUCCUGUUUUGUCAUCGGUUUGUUGAUGUAUGGCUGUGUGACGCUGAUGAAGCAGAUGGGCCAACUCGGCGGAGAAUUCUUCUUCACGGACUGUCUGUUCUUCGGCGCCAUCGUGUCCGCCACCGACCCCGUGACGGUGCUGGCCAUCUUCAACGAGCUGCAGGUGGACGUGGACUUGUAUGCGCUGCUGUUCGGCGAGAGCGUGCUCAACGACGCCGUGGCCGUUGUUCUCUCCUCGUCCAUUGUGGCCUACCAGCCAGAGGGCGACAACAGCCACACUUUCGAGGUCGUGGCCCUGUUCAACUCCUUCGGCAUGUUCCUCGGCAUCUUCAGCGGCUCCUUUGCUCUCGGCGUGGCCACUGGCAUCGUCACAGCGCUCGUGACCAAGUUCACUAAGUUGAGAGAUUUCCAGCUGCUGGAGACGGCCUUGUUCUUCCUCAUGUCAUGGAGCACCUUCCUAUUGGCUGAGGCGUGUGGCUUUACAGGCGUGGUGGCGGUUUUGUUCUGUGGAAUCACUCAGGCGCACUACACCUUCAACAACCUGUCUCCCGAGUCCCAGGACCGGACCAAGCAGCUGUUUGAGUUAUUGAACUUCCUGGCGGAGAACUUCAUCUUCUCCUACAUGGGUCUGACCCUCUUCACCUUCCAGAACCACAUCUUUAACCCCAUGUUCAUCGUCGGGGCAUUUCUGGCAGUCUUCCUGGGCCGAGCGGCCAACAUCUACCCCCUGUCCUUCCUCCUCAAUCUGGGCCGACGCAACAAAAUACGAUCCAACUUCCAGCACAUGAUGAUGUUUGCGGGACUGCGGGGCGCCAUGACGUUCGCCCUGUCCAUUCGAGACACGGCCACGUACGCGCGGCAGAUGAUGUUCUCCACCACGCUGCUCGUGGUCUUCUUCACCGUGUGGUUCUUCGGCGGCGGCACUACGCAGAUGUUGUCGUGCCAGCGCAUACGGGUGGGAGUGGACUCUGAUCAAGACAACUCUAUGAGCGUCGGCGAAGGUCCCGAGCGACAAAGCACCAAACAGGAAAGCGCCUGGCUUUUCCGAAUCUGGUACAACUUUGACCACAACUACCUGAAGCCCAUCCUGACCCACAGCGGCCCUCCGCUCACAGCCACGCUGCCCGCCUGCUGCGGCCCCCUGGCUCGCUUCCUCACCAGCCCGCAGGCCUUUGAGAACGAAUGUCAGAUCAAGGACGACGACUCCGACCUCAUCCUGACCGACGGCGACGUCAACCUCAACUACGGCGACAUCACCGUCAGCACCGACGGCACGCGCACCCACGCGGCCGCGGUCGCCGACGACCCCGACCGGGAGCUGGCGUACGGCGAUCACGAGCUUGUGAUGAGGGGCACGCGCCUGGUGCUGCCCAUGGACGACUCAGAGCCGCCCUUCACAGACCCCCGCUGCCGCUUGUGAGGGCGCCGUGGCCCGCUUCCAUCUCGCUUGUCCCGCUACCUCGUCACGCCGCCAUCACUGUAAUGUCGUCCCAUUGAUUUGCCACUUUCAGUUCUGAGGGUCACCUCGUUGUAGCAUCGCACAGCAUGUGUUCUGUGUGGCGAGCCGUUUGAGUUUUACUAGUGUGCUGAAUUGUGCAUGAACUAGUACGCUUUUUGUCUUCACCGGUAAGACAAUUCAGUACACUAGUUGAACGACUGUCUAACUAGUGUCGCGGUUUGGUAUUCACAAAUACGCUGAUUUUUUUAUUUUAUUUAUUUAUUUUUAUUUUUGGGGGGGGGGGGGGG